AUGUCUGUUUCCACGACAAGAGGCCCCUACCAACCCUUCCAAUGUCUCAUCUGCCAGAGUCGCUUCACCCGGCACGAGAACCUCAAGCGACAUGCCCUCCUGCACUCCCGCUCCCAGGAUGAAGCACUGCUGCCGUGCGAGCUUUGCCAGGCCACUUUCUCUCGUCCGGACUUGCGAAAUCGACACAUGAAGAGGAAGCAUCCAGAGCAUCCGGAGCAUCAUGAUAGGCGGACUAGAAAGAGAACUCAGAGCGAGCCGACUGCCACACAAUGGAGCGACGAGUCGGUAUCGCCGGAAAGUCACGAUGAGCAUCCGGAUAGCUGGCAUCAACUACAACAGACAGAUACGAGCACUUCAGACAGAUCGCAGAGUAUUUCAGAGUUGAUGCAGCAAGCCAUGAGCGAGCCCCGAAUCGACCGGAUCGGACAGGACGUGAUGGACUUGCAGACUUUACUCGAUGCCGGCCCUUCACUACUGAAGCCUGGUCAUGACCAUCUUCCUUCGCCUGACUUUACCAGUUUCAGCUUUUGUCACGAAGGUGACGACUGGAGUCCGUCGACCGCUCAGAUUGCGAGAGGCUGCGAGCUUUUCUUCGCCCAUGUGUCGCACUUUGUUCCUUUCCUGCACCAGCCGACCUUCGACUAUAAUCAGGCUCCUUUAUAUUUGCUCCUGAGCAUGCUGUCUCUGGCGUAUCAAUAUGGCAGCGAUCCAGAGACUCCGGAUGAGAGUGGCGCAGAUCUAUCAAAACGCUGCUUCCACCGAGCCCGCGCCCUCACCAACGAUGAAGACAACAUCUCCACCGUACAAUCCUACCUCCUCCUCCAAAUCUGCGCCAUGAUGUACCUCUGCGGGGAGGAUUCAUCUCACGCCCUAAAAAUGCACUCGGCCAUGAUCUCGCUCGCCCGCUCCAGCGGCCUCAUGCACCCAACCACCAUCGAACCAUCCACAACCCAAGACCUCGACACCCUCUGGCACACCUUCAUCAAGGCCGAAUCCCACAAACGCACUCUCUUCGCCGUUCACCAGAUCGACGCCCUCUGGUACCAGUUCCUCUCCAUCCCGCGCUCCAUUUCGCACCUCGAAAUCAAACAUGACCUCCCCUGCCCACGCGACCACUGGACUGCGUCGUCACCGUCCGAAUGGGCCCAUCGACAACUCAUCCAGAAACAGGGGCCUGCAGUGCAAUACGCCGACGCUGUCCGCCGCUUCCUCUCCCAGGACUCAUCUGACAUAUCCUCCUCCUUACCACCAUUCGACCCCUACGGCGCCAUCAAUAUCACGCAGUUCCUCAUCUCCUCCGCGCGCGAAAUCUCCGGCUGGUCCACCAUGACCGGCAUGCUAAGCAUCGAGCGAUUCGGGGCUCUCCGCUCGUCACUCGUCGCUUUAAGCCCAUUCAUCCCCUCCUCAACCUCAACAUCACCCUCACCCACAAACCCCGAGAAUAAUAUUCUCAGCACAGCAACCUGGCAAACCGCCAUGAUCGAACUCCAAAUCUGGUCUCCCUCACACACCUCCGGGAUUGUCGAGGCCUCAAUCGACGCCGUCCUCUCCCAGUCCACAUACCUCUCCCUCAGCCCCUCCCCCAGCAUCCUCUGCGAAGACCUCACAGCCAAAGCAAUCCAGCCACAUAUCGACUGGUUCCUGCGGUACCUGGAUUCGACAGUCGAUCCUGCGGGGCAGGGCGAGGCGCCCUGGGUCGCGCUGUAUGCGUAUAAGGCGUUUUUGAUUGCGUGGGUGCUUGUGAGGGGUGGUGUUUCUGGGGCGAUGGGUGUUGUUGGUGUUGGGGAUGGGGAUGCGGAGGGUGCCGUGGAGUGGGCGAGGGGCGUGUUUGCUCGGAGACGCGGGUUGGUUCUUGGACGGUUGAUUGCGGAGUGUCUUGAUAGGCUUCCUGCGUAA